AUGCCUGCUCAGUCCACACUUGAUGCUGUCGAUCGGAGUGUGAAGGGUGCGGAAGAGUUGCUACAAGUGAUAGAGUCAAUGCGACGUGCUUUGGAAGCUGCCGUCUCUCGGAAACUGAAAGAUUUUGGGAUCGUGUCAGAGCCUUUCAAGGCGAUCAAGCGAAUGCAUGAAGAGCUCAAUCAGUUGUUUCGACUUCACUUCGCGACCAUUGCCGAGCAGAGUGUGUCUGCCACCCAUGGACCUGGUUCGAAGGUCCUCGAAGUUGAACGGGCUACACACCCAACCGGUAAGGAGGCAAUUUCUGUCGAACAAAAGGUCCCUGACAAAACCAACGACGAUGAUGAUGAGACAAGCGAGCAAGGUGCUGCCACAUCCCCAGGACCAGGAGACAACACGGACAAAUCCGAUGAGGAGACAAAGCUGUCCGAAAUUGAAAAGCCCCUUGACGGUGAUGAAGAUGACAUGUCCGAAGGCGAAAAGGCAACUGACACAAGUGUGCAAGGUGCUCCCACAUCCUCAGGACCACAAGACAACACGAACAAAUCCCUUGAUGAGGCAAAUCUGUCCGAUGAAGAUGACGGUGAGGAGAGCCCUUCUUUUCUUCUGCAGGAAGAUGUAUCUGUUACUGAGGAGCAGGCUACACAUAAGGACGAGGAAAAAGAGGACGGACCCAUCUUUCUUCCAUUUUCUUCCUUCGAUGAAGAAGCAGAUGACACGUCGAGCACCGUUUUUACAGUGAAAAGAACUCACAGUAUCCGUCUCGAGAUCCAAGGCACUGCUGAAGCGGACCACUUCGAACCCUUUCUCCCCGAGGUGCAAAAUCAGUUUUAUGCGUGGAUGCGGCAAUGUGGUGAAUACGUAGAGGGUCACUUCAACAUUGGGGGGGUAACAAAUCAGGACAAUUGUGUUUUCGUGGUGUGUAAGCUUGAGUGUGACUGUCAAGAGGGUAACAUGGCUACAAAAUAUGAAGUCACUACCAAAUUAAAUGACUUCGUUUCAUCGAAAGCUUUCGAUACUUUCAUUGCCUCCGCUCUAAAAGAUUUGGUCAUCGGUCAUCACCGUGCCCAAGGACCCACAAAGGAACACGGCGACGAUGGGGGCAAGCAGGCUUUCUCGGGUACGCCAAGCGAAGACAGUGACAGUUCUGGCGGCAGUUCCGAAGAAGAAGAAGAAGAAAGUUGUGCAGGCAGCCAAGACAACAGUUCUGGCAGUUCCGAAGAAGAAAGUUUUGCGACGAAAGAAGAAGAAAGUCUUGCGGAAGAAGAACAAAGUCGUGACAACAGCCAUCCCAUCAAUGGAUCAUCAGAGGCGGCAGCCACCGGAAGUGAAGAGCCCCUAGCUGCAGUGCAAGCACAUCAAGCGAAUGAAGGGAACACAGCCAAAUCGCAUCACUCUCAGUAG